AUGGCAACCGCAACGACCUCCUCCCUUGACUCCAAUGACAAAUUGUUCGAAAAGGGCCAAGCCUUCUGGAACAACUAUCUCAAAGGCCGCCCCUCUGCGCCCGACAUUUUCUUCCAGCGCCUGUUCAACUACCACCAAUCCCACAGCGGUCACUUCGGCACCGUUCACGACGUAGGCGCAGGAAAUGGACCUUACGCUCAAAUUCUUCGCUCAAAAUUUCAACACGUUAUCAUUUCAGACAUUGCUGAGGAAAACGUUGUCCUCGCUGAGGAUAGACUCGGACGUGACGGAUUCAGCUACCGUGCUGCCAGGGUGGAAGAGGGCGAUGAUAUUCCCCAGGGCAGCAUAGAUAUGGUCUUUGCUACGAAUGUCAUGCAUUUCUGCGAUCAGUCUCUGGCAAUGAACGUGAUCGCGAAGCAGCUACGACCAGGCGGUACAUUUGCUUGUGCGGCCUUUGGGGCAGCACAGUUCGAUGAUCCACAAAUCCAGGAUAUUUACACGCGGAUUAAUCAUUCUGGGGGACGGGCUUUGCUAAAGAAGGCGGAUGACCCAGACAAGCUGCUCGCUGUCAUGGCUCGGACGCAGGGCAAGUACAAUGUUGCCCCGUUGGAUGAGAGUCUUUUUCUCCCCGGGGCUCAGCGCAUUCACCUUAAUAUGCAGAACGGGGGCAUCACUGCUCCUUUGCCGCCAAAUGUGAAGGUUAAUGAGCCUGUCUACACCGGGGUUGACGAUGUCGAAAUGUUUGUGCAGGAGGAGGGUUGGAGCUUUGUGACUAACCUAGAAAGCGUGAAGGAGCAUGUUCUUUCCUUCCCGUUUGCAAGAGAAGAUCCACAUUUUGGGGAGUUGUGGCAGGAGAUGGAGGAGGUUAUUGGCGAUAGUACGGUUAGGGCCUCUUGGCCCGCAAAGAUCAUUUUGGCCACUAGACGGUAA